CUUACGUCAUCAGCACAAGCCGUUUAGCAAGCAUGGAGGAUGCCAGUUGCUGAAGAAUUUUUUGACCUUCUCAACUUAUUUCGUUAGGUUACUUUCAGGUUCAUUAAAUCUGUGCAGAAUGUCUGUCAAACAUGCAUCAGUCCAUGCCAAAUGGGUUAUCGGCAGAGUAAUAGGGACCAAGAUGCGCAAAACUGCCAAAGUGAGAGUGACGAGGCUGGUGCUUGACCCCUACUUACUCAAGUACUACAACAAAAAGAAGACCUACUUUGCCCAUGAUGCUUUGCAACAGUGCACUAUGGGAGACAUUGUCCUGCUCAAGGCACUGUCUGAGCCCAAAUCCAAACAUGUGAAGCAUGAACUGGCUGAGAUAGUGUAUAAAGUUGGUCGGGUGGUUGAUCCACUGACGGGAAAGAGAGUUGCAGGCUCUGAGUUUGUGGACCCUCUGUCUGACCUUAAACUUGAAGAGGAAACAACAUUGUUAGAAAAACUACAGGAGCUCAACAUCUCUGCUGCCUCCAGUGGUGCUGAAUCAGCACAAAGUUCCACUUCAUGAUGGAAAACUGUUCUUCCCUGCUUGCCUCAAUGCCACUCUGUAAUGGUUUUGUUUCUGGUGUUACGUUUAUUUGCCAGUAGUCUAACAAUAUUGAAUUAUUUACAAUAAAAUGAUACUGGGAAUUAAUCAUGUCCUUAAUAAUGUAUGUAUAGUGUCUGUGUGUAUUUACCAUUAAAAAGAUUAUGUGAUAUUAUAAA